GCAAUUGCUAAGAUAAUGAACGCCACACUUAUUUUGCCUGUGCUGAAGCAGGAUCAAAUAUGUAAAGAUCAAACGAAAUUUGAAGAUAUCUUCGAUGUAGAUCAUUUUAUAAAUUAUUUGAAGGAUGAUGUCCUCAUCUUUCGAGAUAUUCCUGACUGGUUCACAGAAAAAGAUGAGUUGUUCACCAGUAUAAGGCGUACUGUAAAAAAUAUCCCAAAAUAUGCACCAGCACAGUUUUAUGUUGAUAAUGUCCUUCCAAAGAUCAAAGAGAAAAAGAUAAUGUCUAUCAAACCAUUCGUUAAUAGAUUGGGGUAUGAUAAUGUUCCAAUGGAGAUUAACCGGCUCAGAUGCAGAGUUAAUUAUCACGCCUUAAAGUUUCUACCUGGCAUUGAAGAAAUGGCUGACAAACUGGCAACAAGGAUGCGGAAUCGAACUGGGAGUGUAAAUCCAUACAUGGCUCUUCAUCUUAGGUUCGAGAAAGGAAUGGUGGGUUUAUCCUUUUGUGAUUUUGCUGGAACCAGAGAGGAGAAAGCAAUGACGGCUGAAUAUAGAAAGAAACAAUGGCCAAGAUGCUUCAAGAAUGGAUCUCACCUUUGGUCUUUAGCACUGGAAAAGAGAAAAGAAGGCCGCUGCCCGCUUGAGCCUGGGGAAAUAGGUUUCAUUCUGCGUGCAAUGGGAUAUACGAAGGAGACUCAGAUAUAUGUUGCAUCAGGGCAAGUGUACGGUGGAAACAAUAGAAUGGCGCCGCUGAGGAAUAUGUUCCCCAAUUUGGUUACCAAAGAAGAUCUCGCAAGCAAGGAGAUAGAGCAUUUCAAGAAGCAUGUAACUAGCCUCGCUGCACUGGACUUCCUGGUAUGCCUGAAGUCAGAUAUGCUCGUCAUCACCCAUGGUGGCAACUUUGCGAAGCUGAUCAUUGGCUUCCGGCGCUAUAUGGGGCGGCAUAGGCUCAAGUCUAUCAAGCCGGACAAGGGGCUCAUGUCGAAGUUCUUCGGCGACCCAUACAUGCCAUGGGCGAAUUUCGUGGAGGAUGUGAUGAUCACUCACCAGACUACUCACCAGACACGAACAGGCCUCCCCGAGGCCACCUUCCCGCACUAUGACCUCUGGGAGAACCCUCUCUCCCAUUGCAUGUGUAGAGCAUAA